GUGUUUUGAGUCGGAAUGCGAAGAGCAGGGAGGACCGUAAGGGGGUGUGUACAGAAUUUCAUUAAAUUGUUACUUUAAGAUUGUCUUCUUAAAAACAGAAGAAGUAGAAGAAGAAAGAGGGGGUGGAGAAGCUGAACCGAAGGAAAGGAGACAAACGGCAAAGUAGAGGAAGGCUGGGUGGAUCGGCCUCUCCAAACCGAUUGAUUGGUCAUGAUCCCCGCAGUUUGAACAGGGACUCAUUCAAUUGGGAAGGUGGAGUGCUGGCGAACAGAUUAGCACACGCUUGUUUACUCGUCUUCUAAGGGAUUUUUUCCCCCUCUUUCCUUUCAUUUCGUGAAGAAGGAGGGAGGGGAGGGGGCGGGGGGGAGAAGGGGGCUGUGGCUUGUGUUAUAAAGGACGCAAAAAAUAAAUAAAUGAGAGCAUCUUGGGGGGAGGGAGGGAAUUCAGCCGACCAGUGUGUUAGAGGAGAUUUUUUUUAAGAGCUAGAAAUAUAUAAAAUAAAAUGAAAUAAAACAAGGAGGAAGGCAUCCAGCUGUUAGAAGGGGGGAUAAGGCAGAUAAAGGAGCGGGGAGAGAAAUUAAUUGCCAACCAGGAGGAGUUGGACUGUAUUUUUGAAAGGUGGGGGGAGUGGAGCACACACCUUGAGGAGGAAAGCGAGAAAGAAAAGAAAAAAGCAAGUGGAAGGGGGGCUCGCACGAGAAAGGAGGCAAAUAGUAGUGCGAGCUAAAGCUGGCAGCUCCGGGCGGCGGUGCAGGGGCGCAGGGGGGGCGGGGGGGACCGUCGGACAUGCGGCUCUGGAGUUGGGUGCUGCGCCUGGGGCUGCUGAGCGCCGCGCUGGGCUGCGGGCUGGCCGAGCGCCCCCGCCGGGUCCGAAGAGACCCUCGGGCCGUGCGCCCCCCGCGCCCCGCCGCUGGACCGGCCACCUGCGCCACCCGGGCGGCCCGCGGUCGCCGCGCCUCGCCGCCGCCGCCUCCGGGCGGUGCCUGGGAAGCCGUGCGCGUCCCCCGGCGGCGGCAGCAGCGGGCGGCGAGGGGCGCCGAGGAGCCGAGCCCGCCUAGCCGGGCGCUCUAUUUCAGCGGGCGAGGGGAGCAGCUGCGCCUCCGGGCCGACCUGGAGCUACCCCGCGACGCCUUUACACUGCAAGUGUGGCUGCGAGCCGAGGGUGGCCAGAAGUCUCCAGCAGUGAUCACAGGGCUGUAUGACAAAUGUUCUUAUACCUCACGUGAUCGAGGAUGGGUCAUGGGCAUUCACACCACCAGUGAUCAAGGCAACAGAGAUCCACGCUACUUUUUCUCCUUGAAGACAGACCGGGCCAGGAAAGUGACCACCAUUGAUGCCCAUCGCAGCUACCUCCCAGGUCAGUGGGUACAUCUAGCUGCUACCUAUGAUGGGCGGCUGAUGAAGCUCUAUAUGAAUGGUGCCCAGGUGGCAACUUCGGCUGAGCAAGUAGGUGGCAUAUUCAGCCCACUGACCCAGAAGUGUAAAGUGCUCAUGUUGGGGGGCAGUGCUCUGAAUCACAACUUCCGGGGCCACAUUGAACACUUCAGUCUAUGGAAAGUAGCAAGAACCCAGCGAGAGAUUGUAUCCGACAUGGAAACCCGUGGCCUCCACACCCCUCUACCUCAGCUCCUCCUCCAGGAGAACUGGGACAACGUGAAGCGCACUUGGUCCCCCAUGAAGGAUGGCAACAGCCCCCAGGUGGAAUUCAGCAAUGCCCACGGCUUCCUGUUGGACACUAAUUUGGAGCCCCCUCUUUGUGGGCAGACACUGUGUGACAACACAGAAGUCAUCUCCAGUUACAAUCAGCUCCCAAGUUUUCGGCAGCCCAAGGUGGUCCGCUAUCGUGUGGUCAACAUCUAUGAUGAUCACCAUGAGAAUCCAACGGUGAGCUGGCAACAGAUUGACUUUCAGCACCAACAGCUGGCUGAGGCCUUUCAACACUACAACAUCUCCUGGGAGCUGGAGGUACUGAAUAUAAACAGUUCCUCUCUGCGUCACCGCCUCAUCCUAGCCAACUGUGACAUCAGCAAGAUUGGGGAUGAAAAAUGUGAUCCAGAAUGUAACCAUACACUGACUGGUCAUGAUGGUGGAGAUUGCCGCCAGCUGCGCUACCCUGCGUUCAUGAAGAAGCAGCAGAAUGGUGUGUGUGACAUGGACUGUAACUACGAAAGGUUUAAUUUUGAUGGUGGAGAGUGCUGUGACCCAGACAUCACUGAUGUCACUAAGACAUGCUUUGAUCCUGACUCUCCACACAGAGCCUACUUGGAUGUUAAUGAGCUAAAGAACAUUCUUAGACUGGACGGAUCAACACAUCUCAAUAUUUUCUUUGCAAACUCUUCAGAGGAGGAGUUGGCAGGAGUGGCAACUUGGCCAUGGGACAAGGAAGCCCUAAUGCACUUGGGCGGUAUUGUCUUGAACCCAUCUUUCUAUGGCAUUCCCGGACACACCCACACCAUGAUUCAUGAGAUUGGGCAUAGCCUGGGCCUCUAUCACAUCUUCCGUGGCAUCUCAGAAAUCCAGUCCUGCAGUGAUCCCUGCAUGGAGACAGAGCCUUCAUUUGAAACUGGAGACCUCUGCAAUGAUACCAACCCAGCCCCCAAACACAAGUUUUGUGGAGACCCUGGACCAGGGAAUGACACUUGUGGCUUUCAUGGCUUCUUCAACACUCCUUACAACAACUUCAUGAGCUACGCAGAUGACGACUGUACAGACUCUUUCACGCCCAAUCAAGUCUCCAGAAUGCACUGUUACCUGGACCUCGUAUACCAGAGCUGGCAGCCCUCCAGAAAGCCAGCACCUGUAGCUCUUGCGCCCCAGGUUGUGGGGCACACAAUGGACUCUGUGAUGCUAGAGUGGUUCCCACCCAUCGAUGGCCACUUCUUUGAAAGAGAAUUGGGAUCAGCAUGUGACCUUUGCCUAGAAGGGAGAAUCCUGGUGCAAUAUGCUUUCAAUGCCUCCUCCCCCAUGCCCUGUGGACCGUCAGGACACUGGAGUCCUCGGGAAGCAGAAGGUCACCCAGAUGUUGAACAGCCCUGUAAAUCCAGUGUCCGAACCUGGAGUCCAAAUUCAGCUGUCAACCCACACACAGUUCCUCCAGCCUGCCCUGAGCCACAAGGCUGCUACCUCGAGCUGGAAUUUCGCUACCCUUUGGUCCCUGAGUCUCUGACCAUCUGGGUAACCUUUGUCUCCAGUGAUUGGGACUCUAGUGGAGCUGUCAAUGACAUCAAACUCUUGACUAUCAGUGGAAAGAAUAUCUCUUUGGGUCCUCAGAAUGUUUUCUGUGAUAUCCCACUUACCAUCAGACUCCGGGAUGUGGGUGAGGAGGUAUAUGGCAUCCAAAUCUAUACUCUUGAUGAGCACCUGGAGAUUGAUGCAGCAAUGCUGACCUCCACUGUAGACAGUCCACUCUGCCUACAGUGUAAACCUCUGCAGUAUAAAGUGCUUCGAGACCCACCUCUGCUAGAAGAUGUAGCCUCAUUACUCCACCUCAACAGAAGAUUCAUGGACACGGAUCUGAAACUUGGCAGUGUGUACCAGUACCGGAUUAUCACCAUUUCAGGAAAUGAAGAGAGCGAGCCAUCACCUGCUGCCAUAUACACCCACGGAAGUGGGUACUGUGGUGAUGGCGUUAUCCAAAAAGACCAAGGAGAAGAAUGUGACGACAUGAAUAAGGUCAAUGGGGAUGGCUGCUCCCUUUUCUGCAAGCAAGAAGUUUCCUUCAACUGCAUUGAUGAACCCAGCCGGUGCUAUUUCCAUGAUGGGGAUGGGAUGUGUGAAGAGUUUGAACAAAAAACUAGCAUUAAAGACUGUGGUGUCUACACGCCCCAGGGUUUCCUGGAUCAGUGGGCAUCCAAUGCUUCAGUAUCUCAUCAAGACCAGCAGUGCCCAGGUUGGGUUGUCAUUGGGCAGCCAGCGGCAUCUCAGGUGUGUCGAACCAAGGUGAUAGAUCUCAGUGAAGGCAUUUCCCAGCAUGCUUGGUAUCCUUGCACCAUUACUUACCCAUACUACCAUCUGCCUCAGACCACAUUCUGGCUCCAGACAUAUUUCUCUCAGCCAAUGGUUGCUGCAGCUGUAAUUAUUCACCUGGUGACUGAUGGGACAUACUAUGGGGACCAAAAGCAAGAGACCAUCAGUGUGCAGUUGCUUGAUACCAAAGAUCAAAGCCAUGAUCUAGGCCUCCAUGUCUUGAGCUGCAGAAACAAUCCCCUGAUUAUCCCUGUGGUCCAUGACCUCAGCCAGCCCUUCUACCACAGCCAGGCGGUACAUGUGAGCUUCAGUUCGCCCCUGGUCGCCAUCUCGGGGGUGGCCCUCCGCUCUUUCGACAACUUUGACCCCGUCACCCUGAGCAGCUGCCAGAGAGGAGAGACCUACAGCCCUGCUGAGCAGAGCUGUGUGCAUUUUGCCUGUCAAGCUGCCGACUGCCCAGAACUGGCCGUGGGGAAUGCUUCUCUCAACUGUUCCAGCAACCACCACUACCAUGGUGCCCAGUGCACUGUGAGCUGCCAGACAGGUUAUGUGCUGCAGAUACAGCGGGACGAUGAGCUAAUCAAGAGCCAGGUAGGGCCAAGCAUCACAGUGACAUGUACCGAGGGCAAAUGGAACAAGCAGGUGGCAUGUGAGCCGGUGGACUGUGGUAUCCCAGAUCACCAUCACGUCUAUGCUGCCUCCUUCUCCUGUCCAGAGGGUACCACCUUUGGUAGAAGAUGUUCUUUUCAGUGUCGCCACCCUGCCCAGCUGAAAGGCAACAACAGCUUUCUGACCUGUAUGGAAGAUGGACUGUGGUCCUUCCCAGAGGCCUUGUGUGAGCUCAUGUGCCUCGCCCCACCCCCAGUUCCCAAUGCGGACCUACAGACAGCCCGGUGUCGAGAGAACAAGCACAAGGUGGGCUCCUUCUGCAAGUACAAGUGUAAACCUGGAUACCACGUGCCUGGCUCAUCUCGGAAGUCCAAGAAACGGGCUUUCAAGACUCAAUGUACUCAAGAUGGCAGCUGGCAAGAGGGAACUUGUGUGCCGGUGACUUGUGACCCACCUCCACCCAAAUUCCAUGGGCUCUAUCAAUGCACUAAUGGCUUCCAGUUCAAUAGUGAGUGCAGGAUCAAGUGUGAAGACAGUGAUGCCUCCCAGGGCCGUGGGAGCAAUAUCAUUCACUGCCGGAAAGAUGGCACUUGGAGUGGUUCCUUCCACGUCUGCCGAGAGAUGCAAGGCCAGUGCUCAGCCCCAAACCAACUCAACAGUAACCUCAAAUUGCAGUGUCCUGAUGGCUAUGCAAUAGGGUCAGAGUGUGCCAUCUCGUGCCUGGACCAUAACAGCGAGUCCAUCAUCCUUCCCGUUAACUUGACAGUGCGUGACAUACCCCAUUGGAUGAACCCCACACGAGUACAGAGGAUUGUCUGCACUGCUGGUCUCCAGUGGUAUCCCCACCCUGCUCUGAUCCACUGUGUCAAAGGCUGUGAGCCAUUCAUGGGAGACAACUACUGUGAUGCCAUCAACAAUCGAGCCUUCUGCAACUAUGAUGGUGGGGACUGCUGCACCUCCACAGUAAAGACCAAAAAGGUCACUCCCUUUCCUAUGUCCUGUGACCUACAAAAUGACUGCGCCUGUCGAGACCCUGAGGCCCAAGAACACAACCGGAAAGAUCUUCGGGGAUAUAGCCAUGGCUAAGGAAAGACAGGUGUCAAAGAUUUCCCAAUGCCAGGACCCGCAUCCCUCUGGUAUUGAUUUCACAGUCUGCUGCUCAAUGAAAUGGCCUCUCCACACCAGGGAUCCUUAGCACCCAACCGGUCUGCCUUUAAUUUCACCCAGGAAGGACCAACUGUGGGGCAAUGAACUGAAUCUCACCAUGUUGAAUGAUGGAGUGGAAUACUAUCCUGUAGUCUAAGAUGGAUUGAACACACGGCAUGUAGACCCAGAGCCUCUAAAAAUUCUUUCCAUUUCUCAAAUGACCAUAGCCCAAAAGAACAACAAAACGGUGUGUGUAUCAAGGAGUAUGCACAUCUGUGGUUAGUACACAGGCAUGCAUGCACACCCAUGCCAAUGUCUGUGUGAGGGCAGAAAACAACUGGAAAAAAAAAAAGAACAAAAUCCAAAAAAUUCAAUCUUUCAUUUUCCAAGCUCCCAAGGAACACUGUCUUUGGGAGAAGUGGUUUAUAGAAAUUAAGACCAAGUACUGAAAAGCCAAUACAUCUCAGAUUCUAAGGCUCAGAAUAUUGUGUAGUGCUUUGGGACUGGAAGUGAAAUGGCUGUAAUCACCAACCUUCUAGGGAACUAGGGCUUCCUAAAUGGUAAAUAUUCCAAGGUGUGCAAAGCUCCCCAAUUUUUUUGCUGCCAUGGGGGUUUUGUUCCAACACCAGGGUGCAAGGUUGAGCUGGAAAUGGCUUAGGACUGCAGAAUUAAGGUAUUCUAUCAGCUCCCUGCUUGAGGCUUGAGGUCUUCAUACCCCUUCCAGAUUCCACCCAUUUUCCAGAUCUGACCUUGGGACCACAUUUGCUGCUACUCUUCCUGCUGCUCUGUCCAAUACAUUGAGUGCCCUAAGAUGGUAGAACUAGGUUACAACAAACUCCAUAUAACCAAGUAGACUGCCUCAAAAGUGAUUCAUAUUUUCCCACAGUUCCUCACUUCUUGCCCAUCUAUAAGAAAAAAAUAUCCUUCAUGGGCUUAAGUCUUUCAUGAGUAGACUUCUCAUUCUGGGAAAGAGUUGAGGGAUGCCAGAUGCUGGAGCCCUUCUGGAAAGUCCAGAAUAUCUAAUCCAGUGUUGGAUUUUCUAAUCAAGUGGAACAGUGUUAAACUUGGAAAUGCUGGAGCUACCCAGAGACUGUUGGAAUAGCAAGGACUUAAGUUAUUGUCCUUAUCCCAGUCUUCCUAGCUCUCUAGGCUAGAAGAAGCUUUGGUCUUGAGACUCCCACUAUUACUCCAAGCAGAUAGAGUUGUGAAACAUCUUGGACAUUGGCGAUGUCGACUGUAUACUAGAAGAACAUGGAAGGGAAGCCCUGGAGAUCCAGACUGAGUACCCAACAUAGUCAUCAUAUUUUCCACAUAAUCUUUCAGAUGUUAGGACAUCUUUCCACAUUCAUUGUUGGACAUCACUCCUUCCCCUCCCAUAUUUAGUCUUUAAAUGUUAAGAGGAAAUGAGUCAACUGUACAUGGAAGCCAGCAAUAUAUGCAGGGCCUUUUUUCCUGCCUCUUUUCAUACCUAUGUAUAUACUCUGAAUUAAUAUGGGAAGAGUUAACACAGGAUGAUGUGGAUAGAAUAGCUAACUUUGACAUAAUUUAUGAAAGGUGGGGCAGGGAAGCAAUGAUAUGGAGGAUCUAAAUGAAUUAUAUAACAGAAAGAUGAAUAGUACAUCAACUGAUCGCAAGUCUAGUGGAGAUAACCAACCAAUAAAACAAAGUCUGGAACAGAAUGCAAAAUGCCAGCCCAUGUGUAAGCCACACUGCAUCUAAGGCAUUAAUUGUUCAACUAUCACAUCCCUUUAUCUACUAGGACCAACAGUAACUUAGCCAACUGUGUUUUCAUAUUAUGACCAAUAGCUUUUUCCUACUGAUCAAGAACAUUUUAAAAGGUAGCUAUUGACCAUCUGUGGUCCAUAAUAUCAGGAAAUGUACCAAGAUGGUUUUGCACUGGUACCCACAAUUAUGGAUAUAAGUGCUUAUAUUAUGCAGCUUGUCCUGUCCUUUAGCUUCUGGGGUUGAAGUCUAGAGUGGAGAAGUGGCCACUAACACAAUGGUCAAGCACUUUGGUUCCUCCAAAAGCAUAUCUCAUAGUGCAUUUCCCCCUGGGAUUUCUUGGACCAAUCUUUAUCAAAAUAUAAGAACAAUUUUUUUUCUAGUAGCUGGCCCAAUUAUGAUCAUCUCUCCAAGAUCCUCAAACUUUUGUCAAGCCUUCAGAUUCCUCUUUUGCUCUGAUGUGCUGUGUCAGCUUAGAAGGGACAAGCAAAAGAGUGGUGACAGGGCCAUCCUUCCAGAUAAGUAAUCCAGAAACCUCCAAAGACCCAAAGAUGACAUUAUCAAUAGAAGAGUUGUAGAAACUAAGAAAGACCACAAGAAUUUCUCCCAGUCAUUCCUCAUCCAAACCCUGUUGUCGAUGUCACUGUCAUCUGCUCUUAUCCUUUCCAGCUGGGCAAAGAUUCCCGGAGGCUGGCUCCUCUGUUAAGAUUCAUAGGCUGAAAUGGGGGCGGGUGGGGGGAGCUUUCCAGGAAGAGUCCCAUCCAGUUUUCUUCUCACCGCCAUUCAAGCCUGUUAUGAACAAAUUCAUAUUUGCUGAGCCUAAUAGAUAAAAGAGGCUACCCAAUUGGUAGCCUGCCUCAUGCCCACAAGGGAUGUGUAAUUCAUAAGGUCUUCUCAGACCUUAGUGCAGGACAGUCAGCUGUAUUUUUUCAAUGCACUGAUUCCCAGUUUCAUUUUCUUCCUGAGAAUAAACUCCUUGUCUCAUCUCCUCAGUCAUCUGUUUUGGACAAUGGGAUAAUCAGGAGGAGGCGGGUCUGAAGCACUAUUGUACAUCCACAGCUUAAGGGGCUCUAAAGUACUUGGGAGUUCUGCAGCUGAAGCAGUAUGUCUGUUAGCAGCAAGGAAGCAACGAGGAGAUGGACAGUUCUCUGAGCCCCAUCUGGGGAACUGUUCCAAACCGCAACACACUGUCUGCCCGGAGGACUUGCAUUACCCCCUAGAUUUUGUGCCAACAGCCUCAUGAGGGAAGUCAGUCAGUCCUUGGGAAGUCAGUGUGGGUAGGUGAGGUGGGGUGUAAAGCAAAGGAGAGAUUAACAGUCUUAAAUAGCAGGCCUUUGCAGAAGGAGGGAAUCAGCUGCUGCUCUUGGCCUUAGCACACUGGACCUCUGCCGAGACUUUUCUGUCUCAUUCCCACAUUGGCCAAUGCUUAAAUGCUAUUUGUUGAAAAUAAUUCUUUGGGACAGAUUUCAGCUACCUCCCUUCCAGGUUUGAUUUAACUUGGUUGUAACUGUCAAUUUGUUAAAGGUCUUACCUGUGUGGAUUUUUUUAAAAGAAAUAAAUAGAAAAAGACACGAAAGAAAAGAAAAGAACAGGAAGGAGAGCAUGUUAACCGUUUCAGUGUGUGUAUGUGUGUGUGUGUGUAUCUCUGUGUCUUUAUGUGUGUGUGUGUGUGUGUGUGUGAUUUCUUUUUUUCUGAAACUACUUCAAGUGAGAAAAUAAAUAGAAGGAAUUGAAGGUGACAAAGCUGUAAAGACUGAAAUUAAUAGGAGACAAAGUGAUUACAAGGGACUGAAAUGCAUGGUGAAAACCUAAGAAUAUAAGCCCUAUUUUUAUGCUUCCUUGAGGACACUAUUCUAUAACUGAGUAGGUAGAGAUGACAUAGAGAUUUCUCUAGAAGACUUAGAGUGGGAUUCUAUGGCAUUGACUAACAUUUGCUGAACAUUGUGGUAGGUCCAGGAAGUAAGGCAUUUUUGCCCUUGAGUUAUUGUUAGCUAAGCAUUGGUUCAUUUCUUUAGUGACUGUCCAUGGUAGAGGGGAUGAAGGAGAGUUUCAUAUUGAUUUUUACCAAAUAUUAAGGAAAGAAACUGGGUCUCUUUGUCGUUUUUACACUAUAAGAUAUUUUUGUUUGCCAGUAUGGCACUCAGAACCACGCUGCACAGCUCUGUUCUUAAGAAGCUGCUUCAUGACCAUGCAGGGGACCCCGUUGAAUACUGAGAAAGAAGACAAACCAAGCAAACAACUAAAUAGAGAACAAGUUUUCUGAAACACCUCCUUUUGUGAUUCAUUCAAGUUUUUCUAAAUUCCUAGCUAUCAUUUCCUCUGUAAAAACAAUGUAAUAAUGGUCAAGAUAGAAGUUGAUGUAGGUGGCACAAAGCUCCAGAAUGCUUUUCUCCAGCCUUCAAUUUACUCAGUGAUCUUGGAGAAGUCAUCAAAUUGCCUCCAUAUUUGCCUCAGUUUCUCUUGCUGAAAAAUGGGGAUACAACUAGUUACCUACCUCACAGUGGGAGGGUCAUGAGGCCCUGAGGAUACUAAACGGACUGUCCAAUCUGUAGAAGACACUACACAGCCUGAGGCAAAGGUCAUAGGGUUCUUUCUUUCUUUCUUUCUUUCUUUCUUUCUUUCUUUCUUUCUUUCUUUCUUUCUUUCUUUCUUUCUUUUAUUUCAUAAAAUGCACAGGCUCAUUGCCCUUUUCAGAGACAGGGAGUGCUUGAUCAACAUUUCAUGGCACAAAGCUGGAAGGCCUGGGUUACAAUCCACCUUAAUGAGUGUACUGGGGAAUAUUUACUCUUCAGAUAAGUUUCCCCUGUGUUAUUCUAGCUUUUACCAAUUCAAUGAUUUAAUCAAAAUUCAAUGGCUUCCUACAGUGUAAAAGUCAGUCUACUGUCAUCUAGUUAAUAUUGGGGGGCACGUUUCCAAUUUACAGAGUAAGAGGGUCUGGCAUCUCUUCUCCAGUAGAAUCCUCACUUCUCAGACUUAGUUUCCACAUAAUCUGGUUCAUUAAGAGAAGAGAUAACAUUCUGAGUGCAAGUUGGGCUUCUUAAACUUCACACCAGCAGCCAGUGAGGAGAACUUUGAACAAUUAUUGAGUUGCUUUCUUGGGUCUCUAUAAUCAAUAACCUAUCUGCAGAUAUCUAUCUAUAUAAAGAUAUUAUAUAUAAAUAAAAAUUUACAUAUAUAUGCACAUGUAUAUAUAGCUGUACAUAUAUGUGUGUAUAUAUAUACUUAAAUGUAAUAUUUACAAAACUGUGAUCUCGUCUAGAGAAAAUGUAUUCAUAUUACAAACUGCUCUUCCAUAUUUAUGUAUCAUAUUAUACCUUUUUAUUACUGUCAUAAUUAUUGAGGGUAUUUCUAAUUAUUAUGAUGUUAGAAUCUGUUUAGCACCUUCUGGAAGCAAUCAAAAAUAUGAUUUUUCAUUGAAGUGCUUAGAAUCUGUUCUCAUGAGAAAUCUACUGGUCUACUGUAAAACAAACAAACAAAAAUUUUAAAAAAAUGAAAGAAAGGAAGAAAGAAGGAAACAAAAGAGAGAGAGAGAGAGAGAAAAGAAAGAUUAAAGUAAAGUAAACAGCAAAAACUAAAUACAACCCUGUUCUUCUUCCUGUACCUCAUGCGCAGAAAUGUGCUGCUCUUGUUUUGGGUUAUUUUUCCUGUUCAUGUGUUUUUAUGGAUCUAAGUUAAGUCUUUCAGCAAUAUAUAAAAAUGUAAAUAGUUAACUUUAUUUAUUAAGAAUGUCAUCUUUUUAAAUUUAUAUUUACACGAUGGUUCAUCUAAUUUAUUUUUUCUAUACGGUUUAAAAUACUCAAACAUAUUUUUCUGUUCAUGGUAUUUUUUAUGCUCUUCUCAUGGAUUUGUGUUUCCAUACUGUUUUCUCUGGUCUCAAUUACAGGUUAGAUCUGACACACACACAUAUACACAAAUAAUGUCAAAGACGAAUAUUUUGCCACUGUUGAUUACUAUACCUUAAAGUUCUAUAUUAUGAAAAUAUAUAAUAGCUUGUCUGCUUCAGCAUGUUGUUGUGUGGUUUUUGACUGUUAUAGUCAUAUAGAAUGGUCACGCGCGUACUCACACAAACACACUCACACACACAUGCAAACAUACCCAUGAAAUAACCUAAAAGGAAACGUGAGCUUAUAAUAAAAAAAUUCAAUAAAAAGCAUGAAAUUGAAUUCAAUAUAUAUCAAGUGCUCUAUAUAAUUCCUGAAAAGUAUCUAUAUUUUGUACAUGCAAUAACUGGCAAAUAUUAUUAUACAUUAUAAUAUAUUUCCAUUCUAUGACACUAACAUAUAUACUCCUUGUCCUUAUAUACUGCUAUUUGGACUCUGUCUUCAACAAUAUACUCUGAGAAUAUUUUUAUUUUCAUAACAAAAACACCCAAACAACAAAAAUGAACACAACCUGUGUUCUGGAUGUCACACUGUCAUUGUAAUCCUGAGCUCACUACAGAGGUUGAUACUACACAAAUCCUUAUUUGGGUUCUUCAAGAUUACAUCCUGGAUCAGGAUUGAGGGGCUCGUUAGGAUGCCUCUCGCCCUAAGGAGCUAUUGGCAGUUGAUGGUUACAGGGACAGAGGGAUAUCAUUUUCUUCAGUGUUGUAAGAACUGGCAAGGGGCCCAUGCUCCUUAACCCUCUGUCCAAGCUCAUUGAAGCAAACCUCAUUAAAUAAAUGUGAGGACCAACAAUAUCCACAACAACAACAAGUGAGAAAACUAACAAGAAAGAAGGGCACGUGCAGAGUCGGGGAGGGGAGAGAGAGUGAGGCAUGGAUGGGAUCACCACACAAUGUAUAUGUAUAAAGUUUCAAAAUGAUGUUAUGUGAAAAAUAAUAAAUUAAAAAGUAUGAACACUUAACUAGCCAGUCCAUCGUGUGAGCCUCCACUGAGACUGAAUAUUGCUGCUUUCUCUCUAUCUAGGCCAUUUUCUUGUUCAUCCACCCCCAGCUAGUAAGUAGCUAUGCAGUCUCUGGAAAGAUAUUAAAUUGUUUUAAGGUUCUGUUUUGCUAUCUGUGAAAUGAAAAUAAAAUAUCAACUUCAUAAUA